UUGACAAAAUCCACAACACCACGCUCGGUGUUCUCCAAAAGUCACGCCACAACAGGUUCACUGUUCGAGGUCUUUGCAAUCAUCAUGAAGCUCAAUCGCCACGGAUGCCAGAGAUGAACGAACAGAAGGUUUGCAGCUUCGGGCUUCAUGAUUCCAUUGCAAUGUGUCCGGUCGCUCUAGCUGCAUUACUGGUGCGCGAUGAUAACAGCGUAGUCCGGUUGCCGCAUGCGUUGAGCCGAGUAUCACAACUUCACCACUAAACCCAUUGUCAGCAGUUUUUCCCUUUCACAGGAAAUACAUGUAGCCUGGAGUCCAUUACGAUGGCAGUCGCAGACGCGCUUGGUCAAGACUCACCGCUUGCCACUCUCGCACUGUACGCGUCUCUCAUCACAGCCAUAUCUUACAUCGCCUACAGAACAUAUUUCGAUCCACUCUCACACGUCCCUGGACCACUCAUAUGUCGACUCACAAGUUUAUGGGUUUGGAUACACUCCUACUUGGGAGACGAAUGUCGCCAAAUCGACUCACUUCACGCAAAAUACGGACCUGUGGUCAGAAUAGCACCAAAUGAGGUUGUGUUUUCUGAAGGAGAGGCGCUGGGCCCAAUCUACUCCGAGAAGGGCGGGUUUCUCAAAUCACCGGCGUACGCGAACUUCGACUUCGAGGGGCAUCAGACUAUCUUCAGCGCUCGCGAUCCAGCCCAUCGCGCCAAGAGGAGCAAGGCAGUCGUGCCCAUGUUCAGCACGGCAGCCAUACGAUCGAAUGUUGACACGAUCGAGGGUUGCAUUGACCAAUUCGUGAAACGCCUUCAAAGUGAAGUCGCAAAAGCACGCUCGCGAGCGAAGGAGACCGGAAACUCGCAUCCUGUCGAUGUGCUCAACCUCACUCGUGGCCUGGCACUAGAUGCUGUCACUUCGUACUUGUUCGGCAAGUCUUACGAUGGCUGCAACGAGAAGACUUCAAGACUCUCCGCUUCCAUGUUCGUUGACUCGGUCGUAUCAUUUGGACGCUUCUUCUACCUACCAAACUACCUCUUCGGCCACGUCUUCACCAUCUGCCAAAAACUCUUCCCUCCAUCCCCUGAAGAGAACGAAAGCAUCGAAAAGGUCGACACCUUCACCAAACCCCUAACCCACAACCCCCCAUUCGAAAACCUCUACCAAACCCGCCUCCUAAACUCCGGCAUCACCCCCGAAGAAACCAACAUCCAAAUGCAAGACGUAAUCUUCGCCGGCACAAACACAACAGGCACAAACCUCGCCCUCCUCCUCUGGAACCUCACAAACCACCCCUCCGUCCUCCAAAAACUCCACCAAGAACUCCACGAAGCCUCAACCACCGACCCCUCCACCCUCCCCUACCUCAACGCAACCAUAAAAGAAACCCUCCGCCUCUCCAUGGCAAACCCAACACGUUUCCCCCGCAUCGUCCCACCUUCAGGCUGGACUUACACUUCCCCUUCCACAUCCAAAACUUACCACCUCCCGAGUGGAACACAAGUCGGUCUACAACCUUGGACUCUACAUUUCAAUCCUUCUGUCUUUCCCGAUCCGCAUACUUUCAAUCCUGAUCGCUGGCUGGAUCCUACGAAAGAAAUGCUACGAGAUUGGAUUCCUUUUAAUAUUGGAGCGCGACAAUGUAUUGCGAGGAAUUUGGCUAUGACGGAAUUACUUUUGACGGCGAGGGCGGCUGUGAAGGAGGGGGUUUUAAGAGGGGCGAGGGUGGUGAGGGGAAAGAUUGAGGUGGUGGAGUGGUUUAAUGCGAAGAUUGUGGGGAAGAAGGUGGAGUUGGUUUGGGAUUGAAUGAGUGCAGAACUAGCACAUACGGCUGAUGUGCUUGAAUGAACGUUGGUGAUACCUUAGUGCAGUGACUUUGUGACUUUGCACAAAAAUUUGUGCAUUCCAUACCUUUCUUAGGGUUACAGGCUCCUUAGGGUAGACUACCGCCGGCGA